AUGUGGCAACGUUUUUACACGGAAGUCAGAUCUUAUCACACACCAGAGGGUUCACACUGGAAAGAAGCCAUAUCAGUGUUCUGA